AUGAGAACUGACGAAGACAUCGACAAGUUGUAUUUAAAGUCUUUGGGUAAGUCGUUAUUUUUGUAGUUUUAUUUUAGAGGACCGUUUGAAAUCCUUGAAAGAUCCAACUGCAUCAAAAGCGAAGCCUAAGACGUUUUUAUCGGAUUUGGCUCAAGCUCGAGAUCAAAAUUUGUUUGGUUUACUAACUUCUGACACAAAACCCGAGGAACAAGAAGGAAAAGCUGUAGAAAAGUCCUGGAUUCAGCGAAAAGUAGCUCCUCAAACUUGUGAAGUUAAUACGCUGGAAAAGAAGAAGCUAGUCAAGUACGAACAACUUCAGUUUGGCAGUGUAGAUUUUAGUGCUAUAGGUAAGCAAGAUUUUUUUUUGGGGCAAGAAGUAUUAAUAGCUUUUUUCUUUUUAUAUGUACAUUAGGGUAAGAAUCUUAGUAAAAAAGUGAUUUUUAAAUGCAGAAGAAAACCCUUUAUAUGAUGUCUUCAAUAAAGUUUGGUUUAAAAUAGAUAUAUUAGAUAUUUUAUUAUUAAAUUGUUGUUUUAGGAGUAGUAAUCGAACGAGAAGUAGAAGCGGAAAAGAAACAAGUGGAUUCGGAAGCACUUGCUAAUCCUGUGGAAGAAAACGGUGUAAAGAACUUGAGUAUAAACUAG